CUUCUCUCUCUUCUUCUCAACGAACAAUCAGACGACGGAGCAGCAGAGCGACCUGCCUGUGUUGAUGUUGUUGUGACAGGCAGGACGUUGACGUUGAUACCAGCAGCCCAAGUGACAGAGAUCUCUCCAUCGUUUGCAUCUUGUUGGCUCGUUUGGCUCCACAGAGCUCCUUCUUUCUGUUCAUAAAGGUGGCUGCUGUGGACACAGACACACAGACACGCAGACUGACACACGCACAGAGACACACACGGUUUCCCGCGCUGACAUCAUCCUCGAGUCUCUCGCAAGCACGAAGCAACCAAGCAACGAAGCAGCGUGCCUGUCUGCCUUUCUGUCUCGGCCGAGGCCCCUUUUCUGACAACUGCCCAGCCGUCGUGUGGAUGGGUGGGCCUUUGAGACCUCUUCGUUCGCUCGCCUCCUCCGUGCUCGCAUAGCGAGCGUUCGCUUGGCCAGGCAAUUUCGUGUGUCCGCCUUUCUUCGGGAGUCGAGGUGGUGUGAUUGAUCGCUGCACACUCAAGCGUGCGAGUGAGCAAGGCGAUCCAGCAAGAAGAUACAGCAGCAGCAGCAGCACCAUCCGUGCGCCAGACAGCAGACAUCAGAUCAGCAGGGUCGGCAUAGCAGCAUACCUCCUGUGUUCAUACCCACCUUACAUUUUGACACAUCUUUCCUGGUUCAUCAUGGACCUCAACAGCCGCCACGGGUCGGCGCAGGUGUCGCCGACAGAGUCGCUCGACAACCAGCGGCACCACCUGCCCCGCUCCGAACAUGGCAGCCGCACAUCCAGCCGCGCAAGCGAAACAACACAACAGCAACAGCAGCAACAACAACAACAAUUACAGCAACAGCAACACCACCAACAACAGCAGCAGCCGAUACAGCAGCCGCAUCAACGCGAGCAGCAGCAAGACGCUGACGACACAUCCAUCUCCAUCCACCCGGAUAUUAGCGGGUACACGGUCGAUGUGGAGAAGCUCCUGGGCCAUGGCGCGUUCGCGGACGUCUACCAAGGUCACAGCGCGGAGAGCAACUCGCUUGUUGCGGUGAAGGUGAUGCCGCUGACGACGGCGGCAAAGGAGCGGCGGUACUUUACGGAGCUCGCCAUCACCGAGCACGUGCAGGACCUCUGCCCGGGCGUCGUCCAGCUCCUCGACCACAGGGAACGCGACCGUGUCGGGUAUCUCGUGUUCCGGCUGUGCGAGAAGCGGGACAUCUACCACAUGCUGCGCCCGUCAGACCGCCACCACCUCAGCGGCGGUCUCCAGCCGGCGCAGAUCCUGCCCUGCUUUGUCCAGCUCGUCCACGCCGUUCGCUCCCUCCACGCCCGCGGCGUCGCCCACCUCGACAUCAAGCCUGAGAACAUCCUUGUGACGGCUGCUGAUCAGAUUGUGCUGUGUGACUUUGGCCUGAGCGUCAUGCUCGCUGAUGGGCCCGCGUACGGCGCCCGCGGCUCUCUCACGUAUGCGUCGCCGGAGAAUGUACUGUGUUAUUACCGCCGCCAGCGUGGGCUGUCCACCAGCGGAUAUGAUGGCGCAAAGGCGGACGUGUGGUCGUGUGGCGUUGUGCUGUUCACUUUCCUCUACGGCUGCACCCCGUGGGAUGUUGCGUACGAGCCCGAGAGCCACGAGUACCGCGCGUAUGUUGCAGCCGACGGCCACCCGGCAGCCCGCCCCUGGAACAACAUGUCCUCCGCCUUCCGCACCCUCUUCCACGGGUGA